AUGACAGAGGGUAGAACAGAAGUGGAAGAUCUCAAGCGGAAUUUCGUCUUGGCACUUCGCAAAAACACAAAACGACCAAGUUCUUCGACUAUUUCGAUGAAUGUUAUCAACUUUUUGAGAAAAAUUAUUUUGGUGGAAAAAGUCAAGACGAUAGCGUGAGUUUUUAAUUAUACAUUUUUGAUAGUUCAAUAUUUUGCAAUUUUCAGUGAAUUAUUAGCAUCUUUACACAAUCAUGCGAAGUUUCUAUCAGCGGUUGAACCAACCGAAUUGAUAAUUAUCAAUAUUGUUUUAAUGACAUCCAAAUUAGCCCGAGAUGAAUUGAACAAGAAAAAUGGAAAUGGAAACAUUCGCGCUUAUGAUUCAUUAUUCACACUUUGCAAACCAUCCGAACCAACAGAUAUGAAAGACACGGAUAUGAAGAAAAUCAAGAAAGAUUUGAUUGAAAGUAUCAGAGAAUUGACAAUUGAAAUCGAUUCAUGUCGUGAAAGUAUUUCUGCUCAAUCAUCAGAUCUGAUUUUUAAUCAAGAUGUUGUUAUGGUUUAUCAAUUAGAAACAUCCAAAACAUUAUAUUCAUUUUUGGCAAAAACAAGAGAAGCCAAUAGAAAAUAUAGAGUAUUUAAUGUGAUUCCCGAAUCGAAAAACGAAGAAUUGAACGAUUUCACAUCUUCAAUACGUCUUCAUGAUGUCGCAUCAAAGAUUUGCGAAACAACCAAAGUAUUUCUAACUUGUAUUGCCGUUUUUCCCGAUGGUUCUUGUCUUGUUCCAGCUGGCGGACAAAGUAUUGCAUUAAUGGCAAAAAGGCAUUCAGUUCCUGUUUAUGUUUUGGCUCCGUUCUAUAAAAUUACUCCAUUUUUCAUACCGGAUCCAAAUGCUUUGAAUAUUUCUCAAAGAACUAAUAUGCCUUUUGAAUUUUCGGCCAAAUCGGCGGGUAAGCUUUUUUGAAAUAAAAAAGUCACGUAUAAAUUCAUUUUAAUUUUUAUUACGUUAUCAUGUUUUUUCCUCAGGAAACGUCGAAAUACUUCAACCGGCUUUCGAUCUUCUCGAUUCACAAUACAUUUUCCAAUUCGUUUCCAAUUCUUCCUGUAUUAUCCCAGCACACAUCAAUCGUCUCAAAGAAGAUUAUUAUCAUCCAGAAGAUAUUGCAUUAUAUUGA